AUGGGCGUCACUCCCUCCUUGGAGGCGUUCCCUAGGGAACGUGGGAUGCAGGUUGAGGGCUGUCAAGAAUGGAUCACCGACCACGCCGACUUCGCUUGCUUCCGCUCCGUGUGCCCGCCCUGGCGCUCGGCUUCAGCUGCGCACGCCGCCGGCCGACGCGUUCCCCUGCUCCUCCUGCCUGCAGAGUACCAGCUCCGCGUUGACCGCCACCUCUGGUCGCUCGCCGACGACAGCAUCGCGGCGAUCCCGUUGCCCGCCGCCCUCGGCUUCUUCCUCUUCGCCUCGCCGCGCGGCUGGGCGCUAGCCGUGGACCACUACUUCUCGGCCGCGCUGCUGCACCCCUUCACCGGCGCCUCGGCCGCCCUGCCCGAGCUGCCACCCUCGUUCCGCGGCGACGACGGUUCGUGGAGCCCGGUGGAGUGCACGGAGGAGAUCGGCCAGGUCAGCAGCAUCACCUACUGCGACGGCGCGUUCUACCUCUUCGACGGCGAGACCCGCAGGACGGUCGGCGUGGACUGCGAGACCUUCGCGGUGGCCACCGUGAUCGAGCCGCCGCCGGUGACGCUUAUUGUGCCAGACGAGCACUUGCUCACUUGGAAUCGGCCCAAAGCAGAGUCCACGCUCGUCGUGUCGUCCGCCGAAGAAUUCCUCGUGAUCGUCAGGACGCAUCAACCCGAAGGAUCCUACGGCGGCUCAGGGGAAGAUGUCUUGAUCGAGGCCUUCCGCUGGGACCGCCGAAGCUGGGCGGGGGUGGACGACAUCGGCGACCACGCCGUGUUCGUGGACAGCUUCAGGGGAUUCUGCGUGGAGGCCAACGGGGUCAACGGGGUGCGGAGGAACUGCGUCUACGUCGCCGACGGGAGCAGCGACGGGACGUGCACCGUCUCCAUGCUCGACCUCGCCGGCCUCGCCACCGAGCGUCUCCCGCUCGGGAACCUCGGCAGCCACCGGUGCGGUAGAUUCUGGCAACGGCCUUCCUGGUCUAUGCCGAAUCUGCACUGAUCUCAUCCAAACAAAACUAAAUAAGAGCUGUUCAUUUGGAUUAUGGAGGGAUUGUUGUAAUUUGGAAACACGUCUUCUGCUUGAGGAACCCAAAAUUAAGACAAGAUCGUCAUUACCUAGUUUAAUUAUUUCAAAAUUUUGCCUGGCAGCAUUGCGUGGGAAAUGUAUAUGCAGUUUAUGUUGCAUUGCAAAAUUGGUUGACUACG